CUCCUCCGGCGGUGGCAGAUCCACGGACACACAAAGAGAGAGAUCUGCGGAUGGCGCCGCCCAGGAUGAACUCCUCUCCCCCUACCUCCUCCUCCUCCUCCAACAGCAAGAGCAACAAGGUGACCCCCGCACAGGUGGCCUUCCUCGUCGACCGCUACCUCGCCGACAACGGCUUCUCCGCCUCCCUCGCCGCCUUCCGCUCCGAUGCCGCCCACCUCUUCACCAAAGCCGCUCCCGUGCCCCCCAAGGGCCUCCUCCCCCUCGCCGACAUCCUCCACGACUACGUCCACCUCAAGGAGUCCCGCCUCGCCGUCGACUCCGCCAUGCACGCUAUGCACAACCUCGUCUCCUCCUAUUACCUCCACCACCCCCCUCCCACCACGCCGCCAUCCCCGCCAGCAUCCUCCUCAUCGCCCCCAGGCCCUGCCCCUACACUUGCUUCGCCCAUCCUACGCUACACGCACACGCAGACGCAGACGCAGACAUCCUCCUCCUCACUUGUUCUCCACAGCCACAGCCACAACGCAUCGGACGCCACCGCGCUGCCCACAAGCAACAAGAGGAAGGCUACAAAGUCUGCUGGCAAGGCGGCUUCUGCGUCCAAGAAAACCUGCACGACCUCACACCCCAAAGGAAAAACUGUAGCCUGUCAACCGUCAACUGAUAACCCAGACCACAACAUGCUAAUCCCGGGCUCUGUUGCUGCUCAACCACCUUCCGCUCUGUUGAAGCUCCCUCUUCAGGGCUCUUCUGUUGCUAAAAGUUUGUUCAGGCCACUCCAGUCUCAGUCUCAGUCUCAGUCUCAAGCCCAUUCUUCUCCAUGCACACCUCAACAAAGCCAUUCUGCACAAGGCAGGCCUGCUGCUUAUCAAACAGAAAGACCGCCAUCGGUGCUUGCAAACGCUCAUGCCCAACAGGAGCUCCCUUCCUCUCAAUGCUCCAUAGUUUCCUCCAAGACUGUUAUCGUCAGCCCUCUCAAAGGGGCUGCCUAUUAUGCUGUCGAGAGGAGUUACCAUGUCAGCUCCCCCUUGAAAUCAAAGUCCUCCUCCAAAAGGGAACAUGUCAAAGGGAAGCUGGAUUUCGGCACUUCUGAUGCUACGCCAUCUUCACAUGAGCAGAUUUGCAACCACUCCCCUAGCUCUUCUGAGGGAGAGAAGCAAGAUGAAUUUGGCAUUGAUCUCACAAAUUUUGACAUAUUUGAUGGCGAUUUUUCAUUUUCUGAGCUUCUUGUUGACUUAGAUCUUGACACUGAAGGCUUUCAGUGCCACGACCCUUCCAUCAGUGCUGAAGUUCAAAGACUAGACCCUGUUCCAAGGAGUGACUAUGUGACGGCAGUUCCAGUUUUACUAGGUUCUGCGAAGCCAAUGUCAGAAGAUGCCACCGAGGAUAUUAAUUCACAAGCAGGACCAGCAUCAGUUACUUCUGUUAGAGCUAUAACUAAGAGGAUAAAGAUUGUUAGCCCUGUUAAGGGCCGGACAGCACCUUAGUUGAGCAGAUAGAAUUCAACAUGAGUACAUGACCAAGCAAAUACCUUCUGGAUCUGACUACUACCUGACAUGAUCUAGAUGGUCAGAUAGCUGGUGACAGUAUGUUGUUUUUAACCAUUUUGUAUUGCGUUCAAGGGCCUUUUCGACAGCACAAGUAUGCAUUGAUUUCCAUAGCAAGCAUGUAUCAUUUUGUUCCUUCUACCAUUUGCUAAUCAUUUUGUCGUGGUGUAUAGCUAAUAUUGCACUUGCAAGUGCUGACUAAUGCGAAUAGUACUGUUCAUUACAGUAAUUCACUGAUUGUAUUUUUCCUAAACUUUUGAAGCUCCUGAAAUGAACUUGUUAC